CACCAUGGAAACGCCAAACAGCAGCCCAGGCAGAGCAGCAGCAAGCAAAGGACUGUAGCCAGGGUUCUCUAGCCUUUCUUUGUGGAUAGAAGGCUUUUGGGGAGGUAGCUGUGCAGUGCGCCAUGACUGCCAUACCUGUCCACUGUGAGUUGCUGUAUAGGCAGUGGAGUUGGUGUCAAGAAUAUGCAGGUCGGCACAAAGUGUAAAAUAGGAGGGAAUAGUGACACUGGAGGGAUCCGAAGGCCUGGAAUAGUAGCUAGCAGACUGAAGCCUAGUGGAAAUGCUCCAGCUAAUCUUGAACGCAUACACCAGAACUCCACUUGCCGCCAACUGUCUACUGCUCCCAGUACCAGCAAAUACAGGUCAGAAGGAGAUCAUCCGGUAGAUGGACAUACACCACGGAGUGUCAAUGUCAGGUUUUCAUUCAACCCAGAACGCCUUAAGCAAGCUCGACAACAUGUGGAGAAAGCAAUAAAACUGAGGAAGAUCUUCAUGGUGCAUGGCCCUUACCCUGUAAUCCGGAGACGGCUGCUUGGCAGGGGUUGGGUAGAGAAAAGGUUUCCCAAGGUGACGAAAGUUUCUGUUAAGCGGGAGCGCAUCCCUGAUGGGGAACGUGAUGAAGAUGGGGAUGACAGUGAUAUACUGUACGAUGAUGAGGAGGAGGAAGAGGAUGAUGACCAGCGUGAUGACCCUGAUGGUACACUUAGCCUCAUGUCCAGGUUGGUUCGUAACCAGACCCCCUACUUUAUCUGGACCAAUCGCCGUGAUGUUAUUGAUUGCCGCUUCCUGCGCAAGGACCAGAUGAUGAAUCAUUAUGCCAAAGCAGGCACCUUUACCACCAAGGUAGGACUGUGUCUCAACCUACGCAAUCUGCCAUGGUUUGAUCAAGCUGAUGCCGAUACCUUUUUUCCACGGUGCUACCGUCUUGGGGCUUCUGAUGAAAAGCAUGCUUUUAUUGAGGAUUUCCAGCUCACUGCAGCCAGGAGCCUUCUCAAACUGGUAGUGAAGCGAUACUGGAAUAAAUCCGUUUUCAUAGAAGCUUUUGAUGCAAAUGAGAAUGAGCUCCUAAAUGGCCAGAUGUCUCCAGAAGGUAAAAAAUCUCCUGGCCGUAAGAAAGGAGUCUUUCUCUCAUCCCAGCUGAUUGAGACUGCAAUUCGUGCCUGUGAGGAACACUUAGGCAGCUUGAGGCACCAGGAUAUUGACAAAGAGUUUGGGUCUCCGCUGCUGAUGACAAAGACACACUGGAAAGAUUUCCUACAGGACUACUAUCAGGUAGCCCAUGAGGAGGCAGAUAUAGUGCAGACAAGAGCCUAUGUUGAACAGUGUGAAGAAGUCCUGGAUCGAUUGGCAAAGGUUGUCCCACAGCUGGAAAUGGAAGGUGACAGGAACAUCUGGAUUGUCAAGCCAGGAGCCAAGUCCCGGGGCAGAGGCAUUAUGUGCAUGGACCAUCUGGAAGAAAUUGUGAAGCUAGUAGACUGUGACCCUAUGAUUGUCAAAGAUGGCAAGUGGGUUGUGCAGAAAUACAUAGAGACACCCCUGCUCAUCUUUGGUACCAAGUUUGAUCUGCGCCAAUGGUUCCUGGUGACUGACUGGAAUCCACUUACCAUUUGGUUCUAUCGGCAGAGUUACAUCCGCUUUUCUACCCAGCCCUUUUCCCUACACAACCUGGAUACCUCCAUCCACCUGUGCAAUAACUCCAUCCAGAAGCACUUUGAAAACUCACUGAAUCGUCACGCUGGCCUUCCUUCUGACAACAUGUGGUCCUCCGACCAGUUCCAGGUCCACCUACGGCAGAUGGGGGCACCAGAGGCCUGGUCACGGGUGAUCGUGCCAGGCAUGAAGGCAGCAAUCAUUCAUGCCAUGCAAACCUCGCAGGACUUGGUGGAGUUCCGUAAAAGCAGCUUUGAGCUCUAUGGUGCAGACUUUCUCUUUGGAGAAAACUAUCAGCCAUGGCUAAUUGAGAUCAAUGCCAGUCCCACCAUGGCAGCCUCCACGACCACCACCUCCCGACUUUGUGCCAGUGUACAGGAGGACACCCUGCGUGUGGUCAUUGACCGCAAAUAUGAUCGCAACUGUAGUACAGGAAACUUUGAGCUCAUUUACAAACAGGCAGCUGUGGAAGUUCCCCAGUAUGUUGGCACUAGUCUCUUGGUAGAAGGGUCUAUGGUUAAGAAGCCUCAGUAUUCCUUCCAAAGAAGCCCUGUCCCCGGUGACACCAGGAAUGGCUGCGAUACUCAGUCAUCCAAGACACCUAAGCUGGUCUUCCAGCGUGCUAAUCACAGUGUCCAUCGGACAGCUACGCCAUGCUGGGCAACAAAAAAGGCUGUGGAGCCAGCAUCCCCUGGGAAGGAGAACAAAGCUAAGGAGAAGGCUGCUGUCAGCAAGAUCCCCUCUGUAACAUCUGACGCACCCAAGCUGUCCACAAAGCUAAAAACUGACCCCUGUAACCGGAAGGUACUGAUAGCCCACAGCAUGGCAACCACCACCACCACCACUUCGGGGAAUGACGUCUCACAGCCAGCCGAGCUCUGUGCCAAAUCCAGCUCUCAGAAGCUGGCUACUUGCCCAGGACAAUCUGAUCUCCAUCAUACCAAGCCAUCUAAACUCAUGGGUUUAGUGGUGCAGGACCAGGUACCCGGCAAGGCAACCCAAGUGGCAGGCCCAGUGGCACUCCGCUUCUGCAAAGAUGGAAAGGCCGUGGCAAGUUGGCAAGUGCUGUGCUGCUCUUCCACAGCUGGAGCUUUGUUUCCUGUAUUUCCCAAACUCCGUUACCACAAGGCACCAGUCACCUCUUGCCAGGCUCAGGAUACACAGUCACCACAGGACCUGAAGUUGCCCCCUCUUGUACCUGCUUUAGGAAGCCUGAUGUCAGUAUUGCCUCCCGUGGAAGGGAAAGGACUACGAAACCACAUGGAAUAAUUCUACUAAGGCAGCUGGUUCUGCACCUUUAAUGCAGUAGAAAGUAUGGAGGAAGUGCAUGUAAAUGCACAUAGUUUACCCUGUUUUGGAACUUCAACAAGAAUAUCAGUGGACAGUGUGAUUCCUGGACUUCCCUUUUGUGUGGUUGGGUGUUCUUCUGAAGUCUUCAUUCCUUCAUUGUGGAAGCAAAACUUCAUUUUUGAAGAACUCUUCAUUGAGAACCCUUCCUCCUCCUUAUGUACAAGAAGAGAAUAUAAAUCAUGGAAAUAAAAGACAGUACACAAUGUGAAACCUCUAGGAUACAGAUGGUGCAUUGGUCAAGGUGGAGACGGCCAUGGGCUAUCUCUCAUCCCCUACCACAGGCACUUCGAAUCUAUCUACAGAGACGCACAUCGGCCUCAUUUGGAAGAAUGGGAACAAUUUUACUGUCCUCUAUCACCUUGAAAAAAAAGUUUUAAAUGAAUUCCUAUUUGCUAUCAUGGUCCCUAACUAUGAACUGUAACUUGGCCAGCUCAGGAUUAACAGCUCAGGGUACAUACCAGAGUAUUUAUAUCUGAGCAGGAGAGCUGCAACAUAAAAUAUGUGAAUGUCAAAGAAAACUAGGUUUUUAUACAUCUGUGAUGAAGUGGGGACUAAUUGCAGACACAAAAGACCUUUUACACUUUAUAAAAUGUGUAUUUAAUGGGAAACUUCAAACAUAAGAGCUAGAAUACCACAGACCUCAGUAUUAUUGCUGAAGUAGAUUUCAAGCAGGAUGGCUAUAUCUGUUCCUUGCAUUUUAAUCAGAUAGCUUUUUAGCUCUUGAAUUUUUGCCUGUCAAAGAGCUACAAAAGGCACAAAAUAUUGGGUUUUUUUAAGCCAUGGGUGGCAGAAACUGUUAUAGAGUGUAUAGACACAACUUGAGUAAGUCCAUUAUGGCAAUAAGUGCAUUGUGUUCUUGUGCAAUCAAAUUUAGAGAGAACUUUUCCUUAUGUUAUCAAGCCAAGUUGGAUUUGCAUAACAAUGAUAGGUAAAGGUAAAGGUUUCCCCUGAUGUUAAGUCCAGUCAUGUCUCACUCCGGGGGUUGGUGCUCAUCUCCAUUUCUAAGCCGAAGAGCUGGUGUUGUCCAUAGACACCUCCAAGGUUAUGUGGCCAGCAUGACUGCAUGGAGCGCCGUUACCUUCCCGCCAGAGUGUUACCUAUUGAUCUACUCACAUCGGCAUGUUUUCGAACUGCUAGGUUGGCAGGAGCUGGAGCUAACAGUGGCCACUCACGCCACUCCCGGGGUUUGAACCUGGGACCUUUCGGUCUCCAGCUCAGUGCUUUAACGCACUUCGCCACUGGGGCUCUAUAGCAAUGAUAGGAUGGCAUUUUUCUUGAGGCCACUAGUGCUUCCCCCCUUAAUAACAGGUUCAUGUAGUACUGUUUGGCCUUUUAGUCCACAACAAAUUCCUCAUUCCUAUCAACUCAGAGCAGAAUUUUGAAAGAUUCUAAAGGGUACUAAACCUAAAUAGAGGUACUUGGAAGAUGACUUUCUUCAGCCUGAUGCCUCUCUCCUCAUCUCCAAUUAGGGCAACCUUACUGAUUAGAGAUUAUGAAAAUUGUUGUAUAACACUUCUAGAAGGUCUUGGGUUGGGGACAAAGUUGCAGAUAACCCGUCAGAAACAUGAGGAAAAAAAUGUAAACAGAAAAAAGUCUCAGUUCACUGACUGUAUCCUUUAAAGAGCAGGAUAGCUGAGAUCACCCUAUAGAAAAAUAGCUGCUUCCCGUUUUCUUAGUCGGCAUGGCAUUUUCUUAUAAGUCAUUUCUUUCAUUGCUGUUCCUGUUGUAUUACGCUUCUGAAAUUUAUAACCAGGCCAGGAACCUGUAGCUUUACAGAUGUUGGACUGUAGCAUCCACUAGCCCACUAUCAUGACCAUUUCUUGGGAGUAAUGGGCCAGUGGUACAUCAGCUACAAUUUUCCUUCAUUCCUGAAUAUUGAUAGUGUUAUCUGUGAAUGGUGGGAAUUAUAGUUCCUUCACAAGAAGGCAAGAUUCUUGGGCCUGCUUUACAACCAGAAAGGCCAUUUAGACCCUUCUUCCACCUGAUCUUAUCUAGCACUUACUUUCUCACCCAUCCCUUCUGUUCCAUUCAGUAUUUUCCAGAAUAGUAUCAUCUUUAACUUUAGACUAAAGAGCAAGAAGUAGUCACGUUUGUGUGUCUCGUCUUGAUCUUUUCAACCAAGCAGGCAGAUUUGGUUGUAGACAAGUCAAUGUAUUUCUUGUUUGCCUCAUUCCCUUCUUCCCCAUUGUGGUAUUGCUUGGGGGCUCUCUCCUUGGGCAUAUUUCUGGAUCAUGUUAAAGCUUGGUAGUCGGCAUGUUAGAAAGAGUAAACCUCCAAUCUGCAACUGUGCUGUAUAGAUCGUUACCAGACUAAGAACAAACUCAAUAUAAUGCCAGUCAGCAAUCCUUUCAGGAACAAAUUGUUGACAGCAUGUUAACUUUGUCUUAGAAAAAAGGAGCUCACAGUGAGAUAUAUGGUGAGAAAGGAUUAUACACACACACACACCCUUUUUAGUACUCCUGAUGCCUGCUUUUGUUCCCCUUAACUGUGUUCUAGAUAGAGGACAAAAAAAUCAGCUAGAACCAUGGGAAAGGUAAGUGACUUCCAAUCUGUAGGGUGGUGUCCAGAAUUCUCACCUGGGGCGUUGUAUGGGAACUGAAAUGUAGAUGGAAAGCAAGAAUAUUUCAUCCUGUCACUUCAUGGGAGAAUAUGAUACUUGGACUUAUUAAGUGCAUUAUGGUAGAAUAGCGUUUAGUAAAUGUGUAUAUCUGAUAAUUAAUUGUCUCUGUUUAAUGACUAGUUGAUUCUAUGUUUAAAUGCUAAGACUGAGAAAAGAGAUCAUGAUUUUAUAGAAUUACUGUUUGUAAAUGUCUCCCAUGUUGGCCUAAGGAGCUGACCCCAGAAAUCCAUAUUCCAAGUUGAUUCUCUUCAAAUACUUGUGAUAUUUUCCCCAUCCUAAAGUGGCGAGCAUUGUAGCCCAUCGACAUCCAGAGAAUUCCGGGGAGCGGGUGAGCUCCCAUCUGUCAGCUCUAGCUCCCCAUGCAGGGACAUGAGAAAAGCCUUCCACAGGAUGGUAAAACAUCAAACAUUUAGGCAUCCCCUGGGCAACAUCCUUACAGAUGGCCAAUUCUCUCACAUCAAAAGCAAUUUGCAGUUUCUCAAGUCGCUCCUGACACUCACAAAAAAUCCAGAGAAUAAAGCUGAGAGGACUGUGACAGAGUGUCCAUGGGGAUAUGUAUAGCCCACUCGACCAUGUUGGGAGUUCAAGCCACAGACUCCCUGAUUACUGGCUAUAUUGGCUGAGACUGUUGUCAGAUGCAGUCCCUACAAUAUAAGGCUAUCUACCUGAUCUCCACCCAUUUCAGGAUGUGGUCUGGCUUCCUGUGACAUUUCCUCCACUUAGAAAUCUUGUUUAUAUAGGAAGUUCUAACUAGGAGAUAGCUUCUGUACAAAUCCACUGUGGUCUUAAUGGUAGGAUCAACACACUCCUUUGCUACUACUUUUCUUGUAUGAGGUGGAUAGUGAAGGCAACAGAGCACAUCUUUUGCAUGCAGACAGCUUCAGUUUAAGGUCCCUGGCAUCUCUGCUUGAACAAUGUUGGGGAAAAGAAAUGGUUCUGCAUGAAACCACGUAGAGCUAUUUAUUACUGCAGUUCAUAAUAUUAGGUUCAAUAGUUCCCUAUUUGGGAUCCCCAGGUGUUAUUUUCAGUUUCUAUCAUCAUAGACCAUGCUGGACAGUGUGAUGGAAGGUGCAGCCCAAAUUCUGGGAACCCUAGAGCUGGGUAUUGCUGACCUAGAUGAACAACUGUAGCCUUAUCGUGUGCCUUCAAGUCAUUUGUGACCUAGCAUGUUAUAAAACAGCAUAGAAUCAUAGGCUCAUAGAGUUGGAAGAGACCAAUGGGCUAUCUACUCCAACCUCUUGUCAUGCAGAAAAAGCACAAAGUAUCCUUGUAUCACAUUUAGUGUGAGAUACUUUGUGUAUCUGCUGUAGUUGCUGAGGAACCCUUCUAGAAGCUGAACUUGAAUCAAAACACCUUCUGGAAUGGCUAUGAUUUAAUUCUUACUAUAGCAGGCUGUGGUUAUUUAUUUUGUCAUGUUCUGUUAUGGCAAUAACUGAUAGGGCUCUAGAUGCUAAACCUCAGUGUUGUGGGUUGACAUAAAAGAAACCAAAUAAGCAUCAACUCCAUUCACUCUUCAAAUAAUGGUUAAAGAGGAAAGUUUUGGCCUAUAUCCUAUAAUUAUAAUUCCUUAGGCCACAAAUCACUGACUAUAAUCAGAAGCACAUAUUGUGUGCAUUAUGCAUGAAGUCAUUGCUUUUUUAUCAUUCUUAAUAUCAUCAGUGCCUUGUGAUUUGUGAAUCCUGGUUUGUAAAAGAAUAAACUUUUUUAGUCUGUUAAA